AUGCUUAUAGCAAGAAGAUCGUUCACUAUAUUUCAUUCUUUAAAGCAGAAAUUACCUGUAAAGGAUAUUGUAAAAUUAUCAUUCGCCAAAGUUUCACCAACUAGUAACGUUAAUUCUUCAAACAAUGAAACUACUCAGGCUUUCGUUAAUAUCCAUGGCUUACUUGGAAAUAGAUUGAUUUUUAACUCAAUAUCUAAGACGUUGGCAAACACUUUUAAUGCAGAUGUUUAUUCAAUUGAUUUAAGAAAUCACGGACAAUCAGAAAGAGCAUUUCCAUAUGAUAACUUAACACUAUCAAAUGAUGUGUGUUCAUUUGUGGAGAAGCAUAUUGGUUUGAAGAAACCAGUCAAUUUGAUCGGUUUCUCUGCAGGUGGUAAAGUGGCAAUGUUGACUGCUUUAAAUAAAAAUUUGAAGUUUAAUUUGAAUAAAAUGAUAAUCAUUGACAUUUCACCGAAUUAUACAGAUGAAUUGGUACAGAUUUUAAUCGAUAAUUAUAAUUUAAUAAUGCAAAUAUUAAAUAAAGAAAUCUUAAUUGAAAAAAAUUCAAAAAAUUGGAAGCAAAAAGUUACUAAAUUAUUUAACGACAUAAAAUCAUCCGAUCCCUCGACUUCAUUAUAUUUCAGUUCAGGCUUCACUCAUUAUGCGAAAAAUAAUGAAGUUGAUCAUGAAAACAACUACAUUGAAUAUAACAUACCAUUGGAAUCUAUGCCAGGCAUAGUCCAAUCAGCUAAAGACUGGCCAAUUUUGACUCAAAAUCCAAAUUUAAACGAAACUUCGAGUGUACCAACUUGUUUCUUUAAAGCAUUAAAAUCGCCAAUUAUGACAAAUGAUUACACUUCUAUUAAAAAUGUGUUCCCAAAUUUAAGUGUCGUAGAAUUUAAUUGUUGUCAUAAUUUAUUUCUUGAUGCUCCAAAAGAAUGUUUGGAUUAUAUUAUUAAGUAUGUCAAAACUGAAUAA